UGGUUAAAUUCCAAGUGCUCUUGCAUAUGCACAGUAAACACAACAACUGCAUACAUUAACCCAGGAGAACAAACCAAUCCUCUCCAGCUCCGCGCUGUGGGAAGCCUCCCACCGGCGCUCUCAGAGGACCGGCGCUACUCCCUCGCCAGGCCCAGCACAGCCGCGCAGGUCCCCGCCUCCAGCCAGCGCAAGGGGCUGCCCGGCCGGGCUCAGGCGCCUUCCUGGGUUGUCUCCGGACGCUCGGAGUCGGAGUCAGAGAUUGCACAGGCCAGAGCAAUCCGACUGUCGUGAGUCAUGUGCCUGAAACCUUGCCCUAGAUCAAGGCGGACGGGAAGCACUCCCAAAGCAGCAAUAGUAGAGGCAGCAGCCGAAGAGGCAGCAGCAGGAAUCUCCAGAAUUUACAAGAUGGGUGAUCUCUGCGAAGGAAAUAGCACUUUUGCCAUCAGCUUAUUAAAAAUGCUGGGUGAAGAAGACAACUCACAAAAUGUAUUCAUAUGCCCACUGAGCAUCUCCUCCUCCCUGGCCAUGGUCUUGCUGGGGGCAAAAGGAAACACUGCGGCCCAGAUGUCCCAGUUCUUCAUGAUAGCCAUUCUUUCUGAAUGUGAUUAUUGUGCAUUGCAAAUGUAUAUCAUAGGAAAAGAUGCUUGUUGGAAUGCUCUCAAGGCACUUUGUUUGAAUGAAGAUGGAGAUGUCCAUGAAGGUUUCCAGUCUCUUCUCACUGAAGUUAACAGAGCUGACACUAAGUACCAGCUGAGAAUGGGCAGCAGACUCUUUGGAGAAGAAACAUGUGAUUUCCUUCCAGUAAGUAGUACUCACUCACUGAUGAGCAGUUUGAAAAUAAGAUAGAGAGCACAGAAGAGC